CGAACGACCAUGACAUCGCUGGUGCGCUCCAUAUGGGGCGAGCCAGAAGAGAGAAAACUGCUUUUCAAGAUUGACUUCUUCGUCCUCUCAUUCGUCUGCCUCCAAUACUUCUCCAACUAUCUUGACCGGGCAAAUCUGACGAAUGCGUAUGUGAGCGGCAUGAAGGAGGCUUUAGGAAUGACUGGCCACGAUUUCAACAACGUCAACUCGAUGUUUACUGUGGGAUACACUAUUGCCCAGAUACCCCAGAAUCUACUUCUCCAAGUGAUACCGGCCCGAAUUCUGUUUCCCGUGAAUACUCUGAUAUGGGGAUGCCUGACGAUGGUCACUGCUGCCGCAACUCAUGUCCGGCACUUGUAUGUUAUCCGCUUCUUCCAAGGAAUGGCGGAAGCCUCUACUUUUGUGGGCGCGCAUUACAUAAUGGGCUCGUGGUACAAGGACUCGGAGCUGGGUACUCGUGGCGCGAUAUUUUCGAGCUCCGCACAGAUCGCAACAAUUUUUUCUGGUGUACUCCAAGGUUUCAUUCAAGUCCCUCUCGCUGUGUUCAUCGUCUCAUGGCUACAGCGUCCAUCUACAAAAAAUCUCGACCAACUACAUGGCAUUGCUGGCUUCCGGUGGCUAUUCAUAAUAUGCGGCCUAAUAACCGUGCCAAUCGCCAUCUAUGGCUUCAUUUUCUUUCCUGACACGCCCGAAACUACAACUGCAAAAUACUUCACGGAAGAAGUUGGGCUUGCAUUUAUCCUGUUCUGCGUCCCAUGA